AGUUCAUUUAGGGAGCCAGUUUUGAAGCUCCUCAUCCGCGUGCUGUGAUUGGUCCAGAGGAACGUCUGUCUUCGAAAAUUCCGUCGCGUGCAGUCUGUGAUUGGCUGGCGGAGUGUUUGUAGUAGACGACUGCGAGAAGAACUGUCAGUAGUUGGAGUGGAACAGCAGAAACCGCGGUGUACGAGUUCUAAAGUAGAGACGUUCAUUGUCCCGGGGGUGACCUGACCGGGGCUAGGCUUUCACCAACCGGAUUUACUGUUACGACCUUUCACAUGGGGAGCUAAAGUGUGCGCUGUAUACAGAAUGUUAGUUUUUCCGGUGUUUGAGUUACUCUUGCUCGCGUGCGCGGCUGGCUGGUCUCGUGCACUCCGCUCACACGGCAGAAGCGUCGCGAGGCACGCGCGUGCCGUGUCGGAUAACCAGCUGGAGGUGUUUGGUACCACAACCAUCCCAAACCAUUUACCUGAGGAGAAGUUAGCACUGUUGACCUCAGCUCCAUUUCUCACAACUCCAGAGGACAGUAGUAGGACCACCACGGUGACAACCACGGUCGCUUCUUUACCCAAAACAAUGGCUCCAACGGUACAAAACUCGACAAAGCUAAACAUUUCACUAACAACUACUUUCACAUCUCCUACUUACCCACAAAACAUAACUACAGUGGCUACGACGGAUUUUACCACCACCACCACCACCAACAACAACAACAGUACACCCGAGCUUACCACCAAAAAAGGUCCUCAGUGUAACUGCAGCGCAGACGGCUCAGUGGACCCAGACAGAUGUGACCCACUCACCGGCAGCUGUAAAUGUUUGCAUGGCUAUUCAGGACUCCAUUGUGAGCAGUGUUACAGCGGCUAUUUCAGAAACCAUGCAGGUGGCUGCCAGCCGUGUGACUGUGACUCAUCCGGAGCAGCGGGGCCGCAGUGUGAUAGCUCAGGAGUGUGUCAGUGUAAAACGGGAGUGUACGGCGACAAGUGUGACGACUGCCGUCCGGGAUUCUUUAACUUCAGCAGCACAGGAUGCCAAGCGUGCCAAUGCAACAAUCACUCCAGCACCUGCGACAAACAAUCAGGCGUCUGUUUGAACUGCCAGGGAAACACCAGAGGUCCCAGCUGCACGGAUUGCAAACCAAACUUCUACCGGGAGCGUGGCUCCAGCCCGAGAAAGUCAUGCUUGCCCUGCCCCUGCUCGAGCGUCACCUCUUCAGGCAACUGCACACUCGACGCAGUUGGCCGGCCAGUGUGUGACCAGUGCAACCCUGAGUACGAGGGCUCCAACUGCGAGCACUGCAGAGAUGGAUACUACAACGCCGACAGUAUCUGCGUGCCAUGCGAAUGCAAUGGGAACGCUGAGCCAAGCAGCGCGCCCCGCGUCUGCCACCCAGACACCGGACACUGCCUGAAUUGCAGCUACAACACCACCGGUCCUCACUGCCAGCUCUGCGCCCCUGGUUUCACCGGAGACGCCCUUGCCAGGAACUGCACAGCCAUCGUGCCCACUACACCUGUGUACACUUCCACUAUGACCCCCAGCCCUAAUGUAACUGAUCAGCUCCCCACCUCGUCCACGGCGCUCCUCUCCAGCCUGACAAGCCCCACUGCCAACAGCACGUCUUCCCCUGAAGGACUUUCCUGGGCUCAGUUCAACGUAAUCGUGUUGGCUGUCAUCAUCACUCUGAUACUGGCACUGCUGGGAGCAGCAGGCGGCAUCUACACCUACCGUCAGUACCAGAACCGCAAGAUCAACGCACCCUUCUGGACAAUCGAGCUGAAGGAGGACAACAUCAGCUUCAGCAGCUACCACGACAGCCUGACCAAUGCGGACGCCUCGGGCCUGUUGGACGAUGAGGCGUGCGAGGCAGCCUCCAAUGGGCAGCUCACCCUCAACAGCCCGGGGAGUUUAUACAUGCCGUGACGUGAUCUUCAGUGAAUUAUGGUAGCAUAAUAUCGACUAAUCAAUUUGAGAUGCUAAUUAGAGAAUUGUGAUUCAAUCCUGUAUUUGGAAUUGCAUUUCUCUUUGUGAGUGUGCAUCAAUUAUUUGAGCAUUAAAUCAAAAUCUAUUGCACAAUGAUUGAGUGUAAAGAUGAAGUAAAAUUGCAAAAGGGCCUCUUAGUAUUUCCAUAAGGAAGAAACUGCUAUGAAAUUUGGCAAUUGACGUGUUUUGCAAUUGAAUUUCAGUUACAAAUUCAUGCACACCCAUACAGGAAAUGAAAUCAUAAAUAUGUGCAGGAAUUUGCAUUUUCUAGUUAGCAUUGUAAAUUUGAGUUAAGUCUUGAUUACACUGCCAUAACAAAGGGUUUUAUUUGUUUAACGUUCAGCUUAUGGUUGAGAAAAACGGACAUGCUUUGAUGCUUCUGGUUUUACAGGAAGUGUAGACACAUACAUGUGAAGAAAUGCACAAUGGAGGAUAAGGAAAGCGAGACCGCCUCCAUCGGACAGUCUCAGCAGCUCAGCCAGGUUUUACAGGGUGUGACUGUGGCACCCGGCACUCUGAACUUUUUAUUUAACUUUAACCGAGGUGUUGUGGGACCGGACAUGCACUGAUGCUUUAGAAUUUCCUGAAAAGCUACACACAAACAUAGACCUAAAGAUAAGGGAGAUGCAUAAAAGAGUUGCACAAAGGAGGAGAAGAUGUUGAGUGUUGUGCCAUGUGGUCGCAGGUACAAAAGCCACGUGUUAACACUGACGAUGGUACUCAGGCAUCCAUUUCCACGCAUACUGCGGUGACGUUGAGGCUGGGCCACUGCCUUAUGGGAUGGAAUAGAAACACAUGCAGUUCCUGAAGUAGGGGCAUGUCUACAUUACAUGAAUUUUACUAAUAAUAAUGACAAAAAAAUCAGAGUAAUGCUUAUUUUUUUUUGGAUGAAUUUAUGCUCUUUAUCACAGUUUAGUUCUGAAAAUAGAAUGUUGAGUAUAUAAGAAUGUACAAGAGGUGUUUUUAGUCGAAUCGAUUUAGCUUUGAAUCACUCCCCAUCUCAGCAAUUCCACAGGCGUGCCUGUAGAGGGCAGUAUUUAAUCAAUAGCUAAAAGCUCUCCAGCAGUGCUGGGCACCGCGCAUGCCACGUCUUACCUGCUAAUCUAAUAUGCACUACAUGAAGAGAAAGAACAGCAACUGUUCCUAUGUGGCACUACCGGCGGAUCAUAUAUGCUUUUUUUUUUUUUUUUUUUUUUUGAAGAAUAUACAAUUUUAUUUUUUUCCCCAGUUCCCCUGAGUGAACCUCAUGGCUGGCCAGUGAGCACUAGCUUCUCUGUUGCACUGCACACUGAUAUUAUUCAGGCGAUUUGUCUUGCAGUAAGUGAGGUUGCACUUGAAGGGAUUUUUUUUUUUUUUUUUUAAAUGAGUGACACCUCAGUUUCCUACUGUUAAUCACUGAAAGUCUCGAUUUGACUAAUUAGAAAUAGGUUUCGAAGCAUACAGGUGGAAGCACUCACAUGGAAAAAGUAUUGUGUCAUGAGUCAGACUGUCUGGCCAAGAAAAGCCAGGCUUGUUUGGCUAAAGCAACUUUUCAAAUUUUCUGCUCCUGAUAGAAUGAUUGAAGAAGUAAACACAUUUGUAGUGAGUAAGCUGAGUGGUUGAUGGGAAGAACGCCAAAAAGGAAAAACUUCAAAGGGACUGUUAUUAAGUAAAUUAAUUGAUUGAGGAAAUAACCUGAGCCAGAGCUAUAAAAGGAGAUGACUGAUGUGUGUGGUUUAAAAAAAAAAAAAAAAGUUCACUGUCAUGACAGCACAAGGGAACUGUUUGGUUUAGGCAGCUUUUAAGUGAAGCACUGAGCAGUGUGUACAUGACACCAUGUCCCAUCUUGCAUCUCCCACCACAUUAAAUAGCACUCUUCUCACAUUCAGGUUCUCCCUCACACCCAGGGUGUGGUCAUAAUGUAAAUACAUGUUGUACAUAGAAAUUACAUUGUAAAUAAAGAUGCUGCUAUUGUAUUGUAUAGGUACAAUAUGGGGGAGAUACUAUAUAUAUAUAUAUAUAUAUAUAUAUAUAUAUAUAUAUCACAGUAGAUUUCAGACCAUCUGAGUGACCAGAGAAAGGAUGGCCAAUUUUAUCUGGUCUUAGGCUUUGUGUUAAAGUGCAGAUCAUGCAACCAACCACACAACUAACUCUGUGAAUGAUUUCAAUAAAAUUUUUUGACCAAAUUGACUGUGUAUGGUGAUCACUGUACCAUGCAUGCGGUCACACGGUUGAGUUCAUAUUUGAGGUGCCAUUUAGCCCUUGUAAAUUCUUUCAGCAUUUGCAGCAACAAUAUCUCAUUUUUACAGAGUUUCUUUGCUGCCAGUGGCUGCAUUGUGCUCUUAAAUGUCUAACAGGGUUGGUUUUUAUAGCAUAGAAUUAUCAUUGUUAGGGUCCAUGCCAAUGGCAUAUGGUCAUUAAGGACUUUCUAACAAUGUACUUAAAAUUGAUUAAAAUUGAUUAAAGGGUUGUACAUUCAAAAUGACCUUUUGAAUUCAGUAAUAUCACAAUAUUAUUGAAAAGCAACAAAAAGAAAUGACAGAGCUUAUUUUUCUUCUUCCCAUGAUCUUCAGAAAAUUCGUGUCAAGUGAAUGGAACUAAAACCUACAUUUUUUAUAACAUGUAAUGGACGCCACACGGAAAAAGAUGUUUCAAGCAUGAGAUGUUAAAUGCAUUCACACAUUAAUGGAAAAAACAUAAUAUGAUUUUUGAAGUAUUUGAAUAAUUUUAUAGUUUAUAGUGCAAUGGGGCAGGCAAAAAUGCUGUUUCCUAAGUAGAUUUUGUAAGUUCUAUUUAGGUAAUAUUUUAAGUUAUUUACCUGAAAAAUGCACAUAUGUUGAAUAUUUUACCUAUAUUUAAAAUGUAUUUUACCUUUAGUUUACAUAUAUAUUCAUGAAUGUAAUAUCAGUGGGAACCAAAUGGCACCUCAAUCAUGGAAUCACCUACAUAAUCUUUUGAUUUCCUUUGUUCCUAUGUGUGUAUUUCAGUGAGUCUUUGUUACUUGAUGCAGCCAUUUCAUCUUAUCAGCCAUCAAUAUGUUAGAAACAGAGAUGAGAGAUUGUGAGUUUGAAUGCCACAACCAGCUGCUGUCAGGAGUUAAGGAAGCAACAUUGUCAGUGCUCUCCCUCCCCUGUCAAUCACAACGACACCGUUUGUGAGAGUAUGUAUGUAUGAAGAGUGCAGAUAGGACUUUCCUCUGUGUGUUAUAUGCUGCCCUGUAACGCAGAACGCGCAGCAGUUCAAAAAGACACUUUUGGCUGGAUUCAUGUGUCUCAGAGGAAGCACGUUAUGAUAGGGGAGAGCUGGCUGGUGGGUGAGAAUUAGCUGAUGACCAAAGGAAAAAUGUACAGUGCUGAGUGUCUAAUAAGGUUAUGUUCAGAGGCAGAAAGGAAUAUAGUCACAUCUGAAUCAAAUGUAUGCAAAGAAUGCUGCCUUCUGAGGUCCGUUUAUCUGGCCGAUAUUUUUUAAGGGAGCUUAGACACGUCAUUCACUGUCCUGUAUAUCUGAUGUGACUGUGUGUAUCAGCCAACCCAUUUAAAAACCACACUGAGGAAGGGGGGUGCAUUCUGUGCACAAAUAAGCUUUUUGUUUUUUGUGUUAAGUUUCCACUUCAAGCGAGAAAUGACAAUAAUGUCACAGAAUAUUUGUUCUGUUUUAUCCCAGUGAUACUUUAUUCAAUCUUGACUAACAGAUUUCAUGAGUAUGGUAAUGCCGGUAUCCUGGUAAUGUGGUGAAAAAUUCUUUCUUUGAAGCUGAUCACAAAUGGUGUCAGUGUCAGUGCACUGCCUUAUAAGAUGACUGACUUAUUAGACACAAGUAAAAUUCUGAAAUGUGAUUAGUCAGUAAUUCUAGUAAGGCAUUCAAGCUUCCCUUUCUCUGCAGUAUUGCACAAAACUGAUUUUGCAUCACCGUUAUGCAAUCUCAAAAAAUGAGUAGUCCUAACGUAACCUACCAGUAUAUUUAAAACAAAAUUAAUGCGUUUGUGUGUUAAUGUUUGUUACGCAUAGAUGGGUUAUCAACAGAUAGCAGACAGCAGUGUUUCUUAACGGUAAAUCAGAACUACGUGAUGUGAUUCUGAACAUGUUUUGAUAUAGACACUGUGGUGUGCAACAGAAAGCCACAAUGUCGUAUCGUCAUUCGUAAGUGAGAGUGUGGAAAGCUGUGAAACAGAUAUCAUAUCAGCAAUAUCAAAUAAUAUGUAUGUAGAAGUGAAUGAUGGUAAGCCAUAUGUACAAUCUGUCACUCUGCUCUUAAAUAAAAAAAACGUACAAUUUAAUAGCUAUAUUGUUGCCAUGUACUUAAUGUGACUAUCUUGAGCUAUCACGAGAAAUAGAAAUUGGAUUUAAAAUAUGAUUAUGUAAUCACUUUGAGUCCCAUGAUAAACUGGUGUCUAAUGUUGUAGUGGUCAGCUAGCUCAGCUUGGUGUUUUCCCGGCUCUAGUACUCCGCACUCUUAAGGGGCUUCAUAAUUAUCUGUAGUUUAUUCAUGACCCACUUCUACGUACAUGCAAUUACAUUUUGCUACUUAACAAUACUGACCAGACUUGGCACACAUGAUUGUGUGAAUGCUAGACCAGAUGUUGGACCAGAAUGAACAAAACUGAACUGCGUAGCUCUUAAUUUCACAAUUAAUUGUGAAUCUCAUCAUGGAUUAGGAAGUAGUAGAUUACCGUACCCAGUGAGAGUCAUUUUGGAUUAUACAAUAACAAUUGAAGUGGAAAAGAUGCAGACUCUGUUACUUAUUUCAGCAGAAAAUCACCCAACACCCCAUUUUUUUUUCUUCCGAUUGCAAAUGAAACUGUAGGUGACUGAAGUUACCUGAAAGUAGUGUGUGAAUCAUAAUAAAACACCUGCUCUAACUUCACACAACAGUACAUUAUUUGUCAUCAGUCAUCAUCAGUUUAUAUUGAGUGGGACUGCUACUUUUGUCAGUGACUGUGACCUUUUCGCCACUAGUUGUACUAAUCACGUCAUGUUUAGGCAAGUUAAGACAUGUCCCUUUGCCUUUAUAUCAGCACUUGCAUUAAGUCUCGGUUGUAUUGAGAGCAUCGAAAUUUACAGAAUGUAAGUGUAGAAGGAAGGAAGUUGAUUAAAAAUUAAUUCAUCCAUCUGGAAAUUAUAAUAAAUAUACACAUCCAGUGUAAUUGCAAACAUCUCAUUGAUCAAAAAUUGGCCUCGUGAAGUAUGCGCUUUAGCAUCCACUAUUGGUUGUUUCUGUAAUAUUCAAGGCAGUGGCAUAUUAGGCUUUCUUUCUUAGCAGAUUGAAUGUUUGUAUCUGUAGUUUACUCCCUCUUAUUGCGUUAAAUUCUAUAGUUAUUUACCAGACAGUUAUGGACUUGAUGCCGUGAUUUUUUCCACCCAAAAUACUCAGUACUAGAAAACUUAUUAAGUAGUUUUCACCACAUUACAGUACCAAAGAGAAUUGGCUGUUUUGUGUGUCAUUUUUAGCCCAAGUAAUUAUGAAUCUCAUCAUAGAUUCAUUUACGUGUCUCCUUGUUGCCAGCGAUAUCCUGGUAAUGUUUCGAUUAUUAAGCAAAUAGGGGCUGUUUUGUAUUUAGGUAUUACAUUUGCAUCUUCUUCUUUCAUCUUGAGUAAGCGCUUUAUCCUGAUCAGGGUUCCGGUGGAUCCGGAGUGUAUCCCGGGGACACAGGGCAGGAGGCUUGAAUACACUCUGAAUUGGACGCCAAUCCAUUCCAGAAUAAAAGAAUGUCGUUUCAGUCACAACUUCUGCUAGUAACAUGGUAUGUUAACAUACCAAGGAUUUGCUUGUGUUCUGUGGUAAACACUAAUGCAUUUAUAAGAUCACACUUCUUCUUCUUUUGGCUGCUCCCAUUAGGGGUUGCCACAGUGGAUCAUUAAUCUACAUAUUUGAUUUGGCACUUUUUUUUGUUUGUUUAAUGCCGGAUGCUCUUCCUGACGCUCAGUGUUAAUUGUCAAAAUUUUAAAAAUGUGCUCUGUAUUUGUUUCAUCAUAGAUUGAAUAAACAUUAAUCAUUGCAGGCGUA